AUGGUCGAUCGAUCGGCGGCGCCACUCAGCACGCAUGCCGGGCUCGGCCAACGCCCGCAGCUCUGGGAAAUCACCGACAAGCAGCGCCUCGAGGUCCUUCGCCUCACAGCCCCCAAAGAGUGCUCACUACGCGCCAUCGCCCGGCGAUUUGGUGUCACUGACAAGGCCAUCCGCAACCUUGUUCGGCAAAAGGACGAGAUCCUUCGCCGGACACGUGGCGUUCGUGACGACCGCCUCGCCGCAACCCGACGCUACAAUGCGGGCGCCUAUCCAGAACUCGAGCAAGCGUUAUAUGCGUGGCUGCGACACAUGCGCAGCCUCCACAUCGGCGUGCCAUCGUCGCUCGUCCUGAGCAAGGCCCAAAAGAUCGCCCUUUCGCUCGACCCGCCACUCACAACGUUCAAGGCCUCGCCUGGCUGGCUCGCCAACUUCCACAGACGCUACGACAUGGACGGAUAG